AGUCAGCUGAUGACGACGCUGCCAGUGUGACGUAUAAUCUAGUGGACCGGACACUUCAACAACAAAAGCGAGUCAGUCACUUCAGUAGCUUACUAGGCGACAUAGCCUAAACAUUCAAGCUUUUUAGACUGUUUAUUUGCAUAUUUGCCUAUGUUUUUUAAACAUACUUCUGUUUUAUAGUUAUUUGCCCCAUUUAUUUUCAUAUUUAUGCUGUUAGUUAGGCAGAUGUUUUACAUUUGCAUAGCGCUAGGCUAGUCGCUAAUGCUAGCUAGCUAACAUCCCCGACCAUGAGCUCCCUAAACUUCUCCCCUCCUAUUAAAGAAGAAGAGGUCUGCUGGACGGAGAAAGAAGCUCUGGGGCUGAACAUUGUCGUGAAAGAGGAGAAGGAAGAGGAGGUGGUCACAGUAAAACAAGAGGUAGAGGGUGAGGCUUUUACAGUGAAAGAAGAGAAAGACGUUACAGUGAAAGAAGAGGAAGACUCGUUCAGAGUGAAAGAGGAGGAGGGUGUUACAGUAAAAGAAGAGGCGGAUGCCAUUUUUGGAGUGAAGGAGGGAGAGAUAACUGUCACAUUGAAGGAGGAGAAGGAAGAACAUGAGCAGGCGGAGGAGACGGGCGAUCUGAUUAACACCAGAGAGAGACCAGACUCUGACAGCGGGAAGAGUUCCUCAGAGGAAACAGACCCGGAGACGCCUAACCAACACCACUGCUCCCACUGUGGAAAGAGUUUUAGGUGGUUAGGGAGCCUGAAAAUGCAUGAGAGAAUACAUACAGGAGAAAAGCCCUACCACUGUUCCCACUGUGGAAAGAAUUUUACUCAGUUAGGGGCCCUGGUUGGGCAUGAGAGAACACACACAGGAGAGAAGCCUUAUCACUGCUCCCACUGUGGAAAGAGUUUUAGGUGGUUAUGGGUCCUGAAAAAGCAUGAGAGAAUACACACUGGAGAGAAGCCUUAUCACUGUUCUCACUGUGGAAAAAGUUUUAGGUGGUUAGUGAGCCUGAAAACGCAUGAGAGAAUACACACAGGAGAAAAGCCUUUUCAAUGUUCCCAGUGUGAAAAGAGUUUUAGGUGGUCAGGGAGUUUGAAAAAGCAUGAGAGAAAACACACUGGAGAAAAGCCUUUCCAACAUACUAAUACACAGGAGGAGAAGACAUACCACUGCUCUCAUUGUGAAAAGACAUUUUCCCAGUCAGAGGAUCUGAAAUCACACGAGAGAAUAGAGAGGCUGUGUUCUGACUUAUGUUUUUGACUGAGAAUUUGUCCACGGCCAAUAUUCACAGGGCCAGGGACACCUGGUAAAAAAAUCAGCAGCGGACAUUUCUGAACGUUUAUCCAACAGACCUGUACAUCCAUGAAUGGAUCUCUAUAAUGUGUAACUAUUUCUGAUCUAUGUAUUGUUUAAUUGUACUAUGUUCGGUUUAUUUAUCUGUGGUUUUUAUUUCAACAGAUUUUACUGAUGCUAUCCAAAACAUGCAUCCUGUUUGCAAUGAGGCACUAAAGUAAAACUGCAACACACAUUCCCAGUCAGAGGACCUGAAAUCACAUGAGAGAAUAGAGAGGCUGUUGGCACUAAAGUAAUACUGCAAAAAGAAUUGGCAAAGAAAUGAACUUUAUAUCCUGAAUACAAAGCAUUAUGUUUGGGGCAAAUCCAAUAUAUCACUGACUACCA